GGGGAGCUUAAACCGCAGCCACAGCUCCUCCGCCAUUCAGCCAGACUGCCGACUGAGCCUGGAGGGCCAGGACUGUUCAACUGCAAACCCGGAGCCCACCGCAAGCUUCCCCCUGUUUCUCCAGCAGCAGCUCUCCGUGAGACACCCCACACCGCAGCGACAAAAUGCGUGAGAUUGUGCACCUGCAAGCCGGGCAGUGCGGGAACCAGAUUGGAGCCAAGUUCUGGGAGGUGAUCAGUGAUGAGCACGGCAUCGACCCAACAGGAACCUACCACGGAGACAGUGACCUGCAGCUGGAUAGAAUCAACGUCUACUACAAUGAAGCUUCAGGUGGAAAAUAUGUGCCUAGGGCCAUCUUAGUAGAUCUGGAGCCAGGCACUAUGGACUCUGUCCGCUCUGGGCCUUUUGGACAGAUCUUCAGGCCAGACAACUUUGUCUUUGGUCAGAGUGGAGCGGGUAAUAACUGGGCGAAGGGCCACUACACGGAGGGAGCCGAGCUGGUGGACUCUGUUCUGGAUGUGGUGAGGAAGGAGGCUGAGAGCUGCGACUGCCUUCAAGGCUUCCAGCUCACACACUCUCUGGGUGGCGGUACUGGCUCUGGUAUGGGAACUCUGCUAAUCAGCAAGAUCCGUGAGGAGUAUCCAGAUCGAAUCAUGAACACCUUCAGUGUGGUGCCCUCUCCUAAGGUGUCAGACACAGUGGUGGAGCCCUACAACGCCACACUGUCUGUCCACCAGCUGGUUGAAAACACAGACGAGACUUACUGUAUCGACAACGAGGCCCUGUAUGACAUCUGCUUCCGCACCCUCAAGCUCACCACUCCCACUUACGGAGACCUCAACCACCUGGUCUCCGCCACCAUGAGUGGGGUCACGACUUGCCUUCGUUUCCCCGGUCAGCUCAAUGCUGACCUCCGCAAGCUGGCUGUCAACAUGGUUCCCUUCCCUCGUCUGCACUUCUUCAUGCCCGGCUUUGCUCCACUCACCAGCAGGGGUAGCCAGCAGUACAGAGCCCUCUCUGUGCCCGAACUCACUCAGCAGAUGUUCGAUGCCAAGAACAUGAUGGCCGCCUGCGACCCACGCCACGGCCGCUACCUCACCGUGGCCGCUGUGUUCCGAGGGCGGAUGUCCAUGAAGGAGGUGGAUGAGCAGAUGCUGAAUGUGCAGAAUAAAAACAGCAGCUACUUCGUGGAGUGGAUCCCCAACAACGUCAAGACAGCCGUGUGCGACAUCCCGCCCCGUGGCCUCAAGAUGGCCGCGACCUUUAUCGGCAACAGCACUGCUAUCCAGGAGCUGUUCAAACGCAUCUCUGAGCAGUUCACGGCCAUGUUCCGCCGCAAGGCCUUCCUCCACUGGUACACUGGCGAGGGUAUGGAUGAGAUGGAGUUCACUGAAGCGGAGAGCAACAUGAACGACUUGGUGUCCGAGUACCAGCAGUACCAGGAUGCUACAGCCGAGGAGGGAGAGUUUGAGGAGGAGGGAGAGGAGGAGGUGGCCUAAGGCUGAAGUCACUCAUUGUUUCUCAUCUGCACUCAUGACUCCAUCCAACCAUCCAUCCACUCAUUCCGGUCCUACUCUGCUCUUUUUCUUUUCUUAGAGCACUGUCCUUUCCCAGUUUUCUUGUUCCUGUAUUUUCUUAGUUCUUCCCUUUUCUGUCUGCCUCUUCUUUUCUCCUCAUAUCUCUUGACCCCCCUGACCCCCUUUCCUGCCAGAGUAGGACUCACACUUUAAACAUGUAAACACAGUGCUCUUUAGAGGUAGCUAACACAGAUGUGUGCUUGUGGAUUAUUUGUCAAAUUAUUUUUAUUUUUGGGGGUUUGCUUUGCUUAGUGUUUGUUAAUUAUCAUCGGUUAAACAAUUGCAUACCUGGAACACAUUCACUUCAUUCAAAUAUUAUGACUUGUGUAAUUGGGCAUUGAUUAAAAUACAUUUGUGGGAAAAAUA